CAAAAUAUUUAGUUAUUUAUCCAUUUUUGAAGAAUUAUGAGCGAUUCACCUGAAGACCGUCGUUCAAAAAGAGCAAGACGAGAAACGUCCUACAAAGCUAAAGCAUUUGAAAAAUUCAAACAGCUCAAAAGUGGCACCAGAAGUAAAUACGAAAUCGAGGAAUUAGAUAAUGUAUAUGAAAUUGUUGAAGAGAAGGACUAUGUUCGAAAAGUUUUAGACCGUCAGGAUGAUGAUUGGAUAGUAGAUGAUGAUGGAAGUGGAUAUGUUGAAGAUGGUCGAGACAUAUUUGAUGAUGACCUGGAUUCAGAAUCUAUUGCUCAGGCAACUGCAAAAGGUAAGGGUACAAAGAGAAAGAAAAAGGCUGUUUCUGAAAAUGCUGGAAGAGGCAACCUUCAGCAGAUGUUAUCCAACAUGCCUUCAAAAAAGAAAGAGGAAAAAAAACUAGAAGAUGAUGAAAUGCUGUCAGAGAUAUUAGGUGAAAUUGAUUCUACUACUUCUGAUAGUAUUGUUAAACCAAAAUCCCAAGAGUAUUCUAUUUUAUCCAAAAAGUUAGCAGCCAAAGACUACAUGAAGAGUUUUUCUAUGCCUAAAAGUUCCUUUUCACUGCCUAGAACACCCCAGAAUAGCAGAAAGACACAGAACACUGAAAAUGUUAUCAAUUCUAGUAAUACUAGCAGUAGUAGUAGAGAAAUAAAAAUUCCAAAAGAAGUUCAGAAUAGCAUACCUGAGAAAACCACAAUUGAACAAAUCCUUGAUUCACAAGUGGAGGAUAUCAUUGAAGAAACUCCCACAGAAAGUAACUUGAUACCUUCUACACAGUCCCUUGAAACUGAAAAUAUAACUAUUGAGGAAUAUUCAACCCAAGAAUUAUUUGAUGAUGAGCUUGACAUGACACAAAUUGAAGAAUUUGAGUCUCAACAGCUUCAAGAUACUACAAUGGACGAAGAAAAAAUCACUGAUGAUCUACAGGCUGAGUUUAUGAGUGAAUGGGAAAAUUUUGGCAAUGAAACUUCUGAUAUGGAUGUUGAUAAAUUGUUAGAUAAAACUGACAUACCUUUGGUAGAAGUUGAUGACAAAAAGGUAUUUAGAUUUUACUGGUGGGAUGCAUAUGAAGACCCUGAGAAACAAAAAGGGGUGGUAUUCCUUUUUGGGAAAACAUACUGUGAAAGUGCUAAAACUUAUUUGAGUUGUUGUGUACCUGUCAGAAAUAUCAGUAGAAGAUUAUUCCUCCUACCAAGAUCAGUUGAACUAGGUGAAGAUGGGCAACCAACUGAUGAGCCUGUUACUUUUAAAAAAAUGUACAGUGAAUUGAAUGAGAAAAUCAUCAAGCCCUUGCAUAUUAGUAGUUUCAAGACAAGAUAUGUCAACAAAAAGUACUGUUUCAAUCCAGAGAUACCUGCUGAAUCAGAUUACAUGGAGCUGAGAUACCCAGCAGCCGAUCCAUCAAUAAAUCUUAACGACCUCCGGAAAAAACCGCGCACCAUCUCGAAAAUAUUCGGCACCAACACCUCCUUCCUGGAAAUCCUCCUCUUGGAGCGAAAAAUCAAGGGCCCCUGCUGGCUGGACGUCCAUAGCCCCGUGCCGGUCAGCAACCCGCUGAGCUGGUGCAAGUACGAGAUAAACUGCACCAAGCCGGCGGACCUGAAGAUCACCGAGCUGGAGAAGCCCCUGGCGCCGCCUCCGUUGGUGGUGGCCGCCAUCAACAUGAGGAGCUUCGUGAACCCCAAGACGUACGCCAAUGAGAUACUGAUGAUGUCUUGCCUAGCUCACAAUAGAUACGCGGUGGAUAAGCAGGCGCCGAAUCCUCCUUUUCAACAACAUUUUUGUGUGUUCUCUUGCCCCUCCCAACAAAUCCUUCCCCUGAACAUCCACGACGCCUUGGGCGGCUACAAAGCGACCAAGGUCCAGAAAAUGGACACAGAGAGGGCCCUGCUGAACUACUUCAUCGCGCAGUUCGCCAAGAUCGAUCCCGACUUGGUGGUCGGCCACGAUCUGCAGGGCUACCAGAUCAACGUGCUCAGCGACAGGUUGGCCAAGCAGGACAGCAAGACGUUCAGCAAGCUGGGAAGGUUGAAAAGAACGGAGAAGAGGAAGCUGGAGAGGAAUUUGUUUGCAGGUCGGUUAGUUUGCGACUUGAAAAUAUCCGCCAAAGAGCUGAUCAAAUCGAAAUCUUACGACUUGGACACCCUUUGUCAAGUCGUGUUGAAACUGAAAGAAACCCAACGGAUAGAACUCGAGCCCGACGACAUCCCGAAGAUGUACCGGUCGUCCGAGGACAUCUUGAAACUGAUCUCGUUCACUAUGCAAGACACGUCCUACAUACUGAAAAUGAUGUACGACUUGAACGCCAUUCCUUUAGCCUUACAGAUCACCAAUAUCGCAGGUAAUGUCAUGUCGCGAACCCUGAUGGGGGGCCGAUCAGAACGAAACGAGUUCUUGCUGCUUCACGCCUUCUCGGAGAAGGAUUACAUCGUACCUGACAAGGAGUUUAAGAAAAAGGACCCGAAGCAAUCGAACGCCGCUAGAAAGAAGCCCACCUAUUCAGGGGGUUUGGUGUUAGACCCCAAAGUCGGGUUCUACGAUAAGUUUAUAUUGCUCAUGGACUUCAAUUCGCUCUACCCGAGUAUUAUACAGGAGUAUAAUAUCUGUUUCACUACUCUGCCCGUUACGAAUAGCGAGGAUAAUUUGGUUCUGCCAGAUAGAGGACUACCGCCAGGUAUUUUGCCAACAGAGAUCAGGAAACUGGUCGAAAGCAGACGCCAAGUAAAAGGCCUGAUGAACAGUGCCGAUAUCUCGAAUGACCUUCGGAUGCAAUACAACAUCCGCCAGAUGGCUCUAAAACUGACCGCCAACAGUAUGUACGGUUGCCUAGGCUUCUCCAAUUCGAGGUUCUACGCGAAAAACCUCGCAGCCUUGGUCACCCACAAAGGCCGAGAAAUCCUCACCAACACCAAAGAUCUAGUAGAGAGAAUGUGCUUCGAAGUGGUUUAUGGAGACACGGACAGUAUCAUGAUAAACACGAACAUCUUGGACUACGACCAGGUGUUCAAAAUCGGCCUGAAAAUCAAACAGGAGGUCAACAAGCUCUACAAACAAGUAGAGCUGGAUAUCGACGGGGUGUUCCAGUACCUUCUGUUGUUGAAGAAAAAGAAAUACGCAGCCGUGACCUUGUCCAAAACGAAAGAGGGCAAGCUGAAAACCGUGAAAGAGUACAAGGGACUGGACAUAGUGCGUAGGGACUGGUCCCAGAUCGCUUGCGAAGCCGGUAAAUACAUCUUGGAGCACAUCCUGAGCGAGCAGACUCAGGACGAGCGCAUCACCAACAUCCACGAGUAUCUCAGGAAGGUUCGGUCGGAUUUGGAGCAAGGGCAGGUCCCUACAGUACUCCUGGUGAUCACCAAGCAACUGACCAAGGACCCGAAAAUGUACACCGACAAGAAUUCCUUGCCGCACGUGCAGGUCGCUUUGCGUUACAACCAACAACAUGGCGGUCACUUCAGGGCAGGCGAUACCGUGCCCUACGUCAUUUGCGAGGACGGCACUACCAACUCAUCUACUCAAAGGGCGUACCACGUGGACGAACUGGCGAAGAACGAGGGGUUGAAGAUCGACGUCAAGUACUAUUUGGGGCAGCAAAUACACCCGGUGGUGACGAGGAUUUGCGAUCCCAUAGAAGGCACGGAUUCGUUUCAGAUAGCCGAGUGUCUCGGCUUGGACACUAGUUCGUUCAAGAAGCCCAAGCAGGAGUCGCAGGGAGUGGUGGGGGAGAACAUUUGCAAGCCGGAAGUAAAAUUCCGGAACGUGGACAAAUUCAACUUCACUUGUUACACCUGCAAGGCUGACAACUCGGUAGAUUCCCCUCUGAGUGGCGCUGUUCCAUUUCUGGAAAAGUGCAGGAAUCCAGAUUGCCACACCAGGCCUGUCGAGUACCUGCCCCAUAUCCAGAACCAGCUCACUUUGGCCAUGCAGGCCUGCAUAGCGAAGUACUACGAGAAUCAGUUGACGUGCGAGGAUCCCGCUUGUCCUAAUGACACUUGUCGGCUGCCAUUGCGGUUCGUCAAGAAGUAUCCGGUGUGCACGUUGUGCCAGAAGGGGGUUAUGUACCGGAUGUACACGGAGCAGCAGUUGUACAUGCAGCUCACCUAUUUCCAGUAUAUGUUCGAUCUGAGCAAACUUGCCAAGAGACCUUUAUUGGAGUCAGAAGUGGAAUCGGGAUACCACACGCUCCGCGAGACCGUGGAAAAAUAUCUGAAUCACUCUGGUUUCUCGAUAAUCAACCUUACCGAACUGUUUUCUGGUUUCAUGAUCAGGAAUAAAAAUCCGAGCAGCCUCAAGUCAGAUCUGCCCAAUAUCGAAACAUUAGUUGAGGAAGAAAUUGAGGAUGAAGAAGAGGACUUUUGAAUUGUUUAUAUUAUACAAUGUAUAUUUUUUAGUCGUGAUAUUGAUUUUCAAGUAAUUUUAAUUUAUUGGUUAGUUUCAU